AUGGAGGUCCCGAAAUCCUCGGUGCCCGGGCCAACUCCGGCGCCGGCAACCAUCAAAAUUGACGAGGACUCCCUACUCCGCGCACCCGAUCCCAGUUCCAGUGGCAAUUCUACCGCAGUCUCGGCCUUGGCCGGCGGGAUUUACCACACCCGCAGCAUCUCGCGGGCAUCAUUCGACAGGCGAAGUGUUAGUCGCAUUUCACGCGACCGCCGUGCCGACCACGAUGUCGAGGAAGGUGACGACUGGCGGAACAUCGAUGGCAAGAAGAAACAGAUAUUCCGUGGCAAGACGCUGCUUUGGCUGGCGUACCAGUCGGUAGGCGUCAUCUACGGUGAUAUCGGAACAAGCCCGCUCUACGUCUACUCGUCGACGUUUUCGGACACGCCAACAUACGAUGACCUUGUCCAGACACUCUCUGUCAUCAUCUGGUCUCUAACCAUUAUGGUGACGUUCAAAUACGUCUUCAUCAUCCUCCACGCCGACAACGAGGGCGAAGGAGGCACAUUCAGCUGCUACUCCCUGCUCACGAGAUUUGUCAAUAUUACCAACCGAGAUCCUCGAGAGGAGGUCACGGUGCGCAUGGAGAGGCAUCUGUCUCAGGACCUUGGACCGCCCAACCGCCUGCUGCGGGUCAAGAUUGAAAAAAGCAAAUUCACCCACGUCUUGCUCAAGACGAUCGGCGUGCUGGCCGUUUCUAUGGUCAUGUCGGAUGGCGUUCUGACGCCGGCCCAGUCGGUCCUCGGCGCAGUGCAGGGAUUGAAAGUCGUCAGCUCGAGCAUCUCGAGCGCCACCAUCGUUGGCACGUCGUGCGGCAUCCUGAUCCUGCUCUUCGCCAUCCAGCCACUCGGUACUACGAAACUGGCCGCCUCGUUUGCCCCGAUCGUCAUCAUCUGGCUCGGAUUCAACGGCGCUUUCGGCAUCUACAACCUCGUCAAGUUCGAUUGGAGCGUCCUCAAGGCCUUCAGCCCGUAUUUCGCCAUCCAAUUCUUUGUCCAGAACAAGCAAGACGGCUGGCGUAUGCUCGGCGGCAUCUUGCUUGCCUUCACCGGCGUCGAGGCCCUCUUCGCCGACCUAGGCGCUUUCAGCAUGCGCGCGAUCCAGCUCAGCUGGAUGUGCUACACGUACCCCUGCCUGCUGCUGGCCUACAUUGGCCAGGCCGCCUUCAUCAGCGUCCACCCUGAUGCGUACACGAACCCGUUUUUCAACUCGGUGCCCCCCGGCAUGCUGUAUCCCAGCCUCGUCGUGGCCGUGCUCGCGGCCAUUGUCGCCAGCCAAGCCAUGAUAACGGCCACGUUCCAGCUCAUCAGCCAGAUCAUGAAGCUGUCCUACUGCCCGCAGGUCAAGGUGGUGCACACGUCGCGGGUAUUCCACGGCCACAUCUACGUCCCCUUCCUGAACUGGCUGCUCAUGCUGGGCUCCAUUCUCGUCACGGCCGUCUACAGCGACACGACGCGCCUCGGCAACGCGUACGGCGUGUGCGUCAUGUUCGUCACCUUCUUCGACACGUCCAUGGUGACGCUGGUCUCGCUGCUCGUCUGGAAGCUCUCGCCCCUGCUGGUAUUCCUUCCGUGGCUGUGCUUCGCCUCGAUCGACGGCCUGUAUCUCUCGUCGGCGUUGAACAAGGUGCCCGACGGUGCCUGGUUCACGCUCACGCUGGCCGGCAUCCUCACCUCGCUCUUCCUGCUGUGGCGAUUCGGUAAGGAGACCCAGUGGCGCGCCGAAGCCGAGGACCGGUUCCGGCCCGCGCACCUGGUGCAGAAGGACGAGGACAACAAGCUGCGUCUGACGGACAGGUGGGGUGGCGACGCGCUGAGCGUCAUCCGCGGGCUGGGUAUCUACUUUGACAAGACGGGCGUGCUAACGCCCGCCGUCUUCACGCACUUCGUCAGCAAGUUCGUCGCCGUGCCCGAGAUCGCCGUCUUCUUCCACUUGCACCCCGUCGAGGUACCCACGGUCCCGGCCGAGCAGCGCUACUCCGUGUCGCGCUUCACGGCCGUGCCUGGCUGCUACCGCCUCGUCAUCAAGCACGGCUUCAUGGACGAGGUCAUCAGUCCCGACCUCGCGGCACUCAUCUACGAGCAAGUGCGCAAGGGCAUCAUCCGCCAGGCCGCCGAGAAGCUGGAGCUCGUGGAGAAGACCGUCGACCACGACCCCGACGGCGACCACGACGGCGACGGCGGCGGCGACACCGAAAAGGCAGCAGCAUCAUCGGGCGCUCAACCCGUCGCAGACGCGACGGAAAGCAGCAGCGCAUCGACCGGGAAUGGGAACCUCGAGAAGCGCCCCCUCGCCGCGCUGCCGCCGCUCGAGCUGCGCGAUAGCGCCGUGGCGGCCGAGCUGGCGCGCCUCGACCGCGCUUACGCGGCCAAGAUCAUGUACAUUGUCGGCAAGGAGCAGAUGCGCGUCAGGGGCACGUCGUCCAUUGGCCGCCGCGUCGUGUUGUCCGUGUUCCUGUGGAUCCGCGACAACACGCGCGCCAAGAUCGCCAACCUGCGCCUCGCUAUGGACAGGGUCGUCGAGGUCGGCUUCAUCAAGGAGAUAUGA